AACCGUCUAAUGCGAUCAGUACCGAGUGCGCGAUCUCACCCAUGUGAUCGGUAGUUUCUUCGGCGAGGUUGAUCGUGUUGAUUGAUGUGUCGUGGUUUUUUAACAAAUUGAUCGAUUGAUUUGCAUGCUUAAUUGAAGAUUGUGUUCCCGAAGUGAUCCGUGUUAAAAUGACCCGCGAAGGAAAAUGUUUUGCUACAAGGCCAUCAACCUCGGAAUUGACGCAUUAGGGAUCUGACAGCACAGCGGGCUGGGAUUCCAGGGAGGAGCAUUCCAGAAGGCGGUAAAAAGUGGUGACUCGUGUGCGAGGAUUCAUCCAUCUCAACCCAAUCGCUCGCCAAACACACAUUGUGGUAGAUUUAUUUCCGUACAUGCGGACGACAAAGACCCAUCAACAUUGUCACCUGGCGUCACCGUAAUCCCGUGUCGAAAUCGAGGUAGAACAUACAGCAGAGAACAACAACAUCAACAAAAAACGCACAGCGGCUGAAAAAUGAUGGCGGCAUCUUGUCCACCCUUCAACAAGCACAUCUUCAUCGGCGGGGGACCGCCGAGUGAAACGACCGGCAGCGAGAUCUCCUCGGUGGAAAGCGACUGGGGCGACCUGCGGUUGAUAGCGGCCCAGCUGGGGGUGGCCAAUCCGGACGAUUUGCAUGUCGAGCGGUUCAAAGUCGACCGCCAGAAGCUGGAGGAAAUGAUUAAAGUCGAAACAUAUUCAGAAGGAAUGAAUAGUGCUGAGGAAUUCUUCACAAACAUCAUGAAGGAAACCGUCACGUACGUCAGCUGGCCGUGCCGGUUGAAAAUCGGUGCGAAAACCAAAAAGGAUCCGCACAUUCGCAUCGUCGGCAAGAUGGCCGAUGUGCUAAAGGCCAAAGACAAAGUGAUGGCUCGAUUGGAUUCCAGGGGUAGCCGCGUUAUCAUGAAGAUGGACGUGUCCUACACGGACCACUCGUUCAUAAUCGGCCGCGGGGGUAACAACAUCAAACGCAUCAUGGAGGAAACGGCGACCCACAUCCACUUCCCGGACUCGAACCGAUCGAAUCCAACGGAGAAGAGCAACCAGGUGUCGCUGUGCGGCAGCAUGGAGGGCGUCGAGCGGGCACGUGCGCUGGUUCGCAUCUCGACGCCGCUGUUGAUCUCGUUCGAACUGCCCAUCCUGGCCCCGGGAAAAGCCCCACCGGAUAACGAAACACCGUUUGUCAAGGAGGUGGAGAAGGAAUUCAACGUGCAGGUCAUAUUUUCCACCCGGCCCAAGCUGCACUCGUCGCUGGUGCUGGUCAAAGGCUCGGAGAAGGAGGAACUGAAGGUGAAGGAGGCCACCCGCCGGCUGAUGGACUUCAUGUGCGAGAACAUUGCGAACCAGAUACCCGUUCAGAUGCAGCUGGAAAUUUCCACCCAACAUCAUCCGAUUGUGCUGGGGCGGGCUUCAGGCAAUUUGCGAGAAAUUAUGAGUCGAACCGGGACACAGAUAAUGUUUCCGGAUGCAAACGAUGUGAACAUCAAGCCAAUCAAGCGCUCCCAGGUGACCAUCACAGGCACGAUAAAUGGCGUUUACCUGGCCAGACAGCAACUAAUAGGAAAUCUUCCGAUUGCGUUGAUAUUCGACUACCCGGAGAACACCGUUGAUUCCGAGGAGAUUGCCAAGCUGAUGUACUCGCACGAUGUUUUCAUUUCGGUCCGACAGAAAUCCCGCCAGAGCACCCUCUGCAUCGUCAUCAAGGGGAUUGAGAAGUUCAUUUCCAAUAUCUACGAGGCACGCCACGAGCUGCUCAAAUGCAGCGGCCCAAAGGUGGCGGCCGAAGUGCCCCGGUCCUAUCUGGGACCCAACGAGCAACCGCAGAAUUCCCAAAACGUAUCCCAACUGUUGGCCGGUCCAACUCCUCAACCGUUUUCUCCUCUUUCGCCCAUCAAUCCAUUGCCCUUUGCGACGAACGCUUGGCCAUCGCCAACCCCUCCGCAGGAAUUCGCACUGAACCAGAUGCGCAAUCAGUUCCAAAACCUGCAGAUGGGAACGACCAAAAUGCAUCACCCGCUGGCGAUGCCCCCAGGAUUGGGAAAAUCACAAUUGCAUGCUAUGAAUACCAGGACGCAUCUGCAGGUUCCCGGAGCACAACAACAGCACCAUCGUCUGCAGUUAGGAGGUAGAAGUUCCGAUAGCAGCGGUAUACCAUGUCAAAACACAAGUAACAGUAGCGCUGGAGGUGACCAUUCCAGUGGCUAUCACAGUCUCAACAGUUCACUGGAUCAACAGCUUCAAUCGAUGCCGGGUUCUUCGGGGUCAGCUUCCUCGUCGCUCAUCAACAGCUCACCGGACACGAGUGGAAUCGGCAGCAUGGCUUCGCUGAACCGAUGCCGCCAUCUUAGUUACAGUGACAGUCCCCAGUACCAGACGGAUCUCUCGGACCAGCGGACGCCGAUGGCCUACGAGCAGAAGAGCACACUCAACGAUACGUUCGUGUUCAACUUUGACCCACGUGUCGUUGCCGGCUACAAAGCGAUGCAUAUGCCGCCGCAGCAGGGCGAACUCCGGACCCCGACACCAUCCUGGCAGGGAUUGGGUCUCAGUCAGACCUCGCCGGCCCCGCUGGAGGCGUGCGAUCUCAGUUGGGUUAACAACAGCGGUGGCAGCAGCAGCAGUAGUGGCAACGAAUCGCGCCUCAACAUGACUACCACGAUGAUCGAGGUCACUCCGAUGCGUCAACGUGAACAGCUAUCGCAGUACAAUGACGUCACAUCCAUCCUGACCAGCCUGGGCCUGGAGCAUUACAUCAAAAACUUCAUCAACGGUGAAAUUGACAUGACCGUGUUUCAGACGCUCACCGAUCAGGACUUGCUGAAUUUGGACAUUAGACCGUUGGGCGCCAGGCGUCGCAUACUGAUGGCCAUUCAUGACUUGUAUACGCGUCAGCAUGGGAACCCUUUUGCUAACAUGUCACCGGCGUCGUCUUCGUCGUCGAUGUCUCGUUUCUCAGGAUCAGCCGCUCCUGGAGCAGAAAGACGAACCUCCAGCGGUCAGUAAGGGAGUGCCGAUGUGGGACGAUGAUGGUGGUGAAGCAGAGGAAAAGUUCAAUAAUCAUCCUAGAGCAUUUAAAAAUACUGAAUGGCAUGUGUACCAUCAAGCAGAAGAAAAUUAAUUAAACAGGCGUUUAAUUAAUCGCUUCUUGCAACAAUAAUUACCCUCGUAGUACUCUUCGCGUGGCAAGCGAAUGUCAUCCAACCGGUACCAAUUGAAUAUCGAUUCAGCGAAGAAACAACAUCGCCGAUGCCGUAAGGCGAACAAGGAAUUGCAUGUGAAGGUGUUUGUUCGCACAAACCCGAUUGGAAUCUUCCUCUCAAACCGGACGAAAAUCUUCCACUACAAUGUAUUUAAUUCGUGUUAAAUCCUUUGCGGAUUUCAUCUCCUAACGAACGCGAGCCACCAUCUGUGUGCAAUUGAUCCGGAAAAGAUUGUGCCUCUACGACGACGACGACAUUCACCCAAAGAAGCCCGCAUUCAACUGCAACGGCGAUGAAAUAUUUUUAAUUAAAUGCAACAUUUCCCUCCGGCUGCUGGCAGUUGGAUCACCGAACUAUGGAAAGCAUUUCCUCACCAGACCAACGUAUUUCCGUCCACAUCUGCAUCACCACCAUCUAUCGCCCCAAUCUGCAUUCUAUUUAUUCAUUUUCAACGAACGGGUGAUGCAUUUUGCCACAUUCAACGAACACACCGCAAAAUUUCCUCAUUUUUUUCCACUCUCACUCAAAUUGCAUGCAUCUCAUCAAACACUCACACUCAUAGAUAAGCUCAGUUUUAAAACGUUCCAGGAAGAAGCUACAGAAAAAAAAUCCGCCUGUUUUCAUUAUCGCAGCUUAACCACUCUCGGGCGGACACGUCUUGGCUUUCCUAUCUAAUUAUGUUUCCAUACGGGGAUUUCGCCAUGACCGAGGUAAUUUAAAUAAAAAUUCAAUUUCAACGGCUUGGCCUCUUCCAAAGCCUGUGGCCGUUCGGGAGACCGAGAGGAUGGAGCUGGUAAUGAAAAGCCGCAGUGGGAUUUUUUUCGCGUUUCUUCUCUAAAUGAAAUGAAACUUUGAUUGUUCUUUUGUAAAGUCACAAUUUUAAAUAGUUUAUUGUAUUGCGAUCAAAGUUUCUUUUCAUUUAACAAGCAAUAGGUUAACAUAAGACAUACACAAUCACACACUGGCACUGUAAACCGGGAUCCCCACUUUGUAACACUGUUUGGCUGCCACACCUGAAAUUGUCGUUAGUAUGAGUAGAUCUCUAUACGGAAACUGCGAAGGCCAACAAUUACUAGAGGACCGGUUGCCGGUGAAGUUCAGAUUCCAUCAAUAAUUGUAAGCAAUGAAGAAUUUUUUAAUAUAAAUUGCAUGUUCAUUCAUCGUUCAGCAUUUAAUUUUUGGGAGUAUUCAUUUAGCGCUGUAAAGCGAGGUAACGAAAAAUCAUUAAUCCUUUCAACAGUAUUGACUUCUCUAGUUGUUUGCAAAGUUAUUGACUAUUGCUGCUUUAGGUUUGUAUUCGAAGGAUCAUUCUUUAUAGGUUUUGCUUUGUAAUCCGGUGUUAAAUCAAUAAACA